UGUCCUCCAGGCAAGAAAUCCGGCUCCUGUGCCAGGGAGCGCUGCCCGCGGGCUCCCCCAGGCCGGGUCGCCACCUACCGGGAAGCAGACACGGCGGCGGCGGGAGUGGCAGGCGCAGGAGGCGCACAGGCGGGCUGGGCGGUGAGGCUGCUCUGCCUGGAGGCUCCUCUGCUGGAUAGGGAUUGACAAGAAAGAACAGGGCCCGUCCCCAGCGCGGGCUGGUGGCGUGGUGGCCAGACCCGGCGACCCGGAGCGAGCGAGCCAAAAAAAUGACUAGGACAAGUUCCUAGGGGUGUCCAGGGGAGCCACGUUCCAGAAGGAUGCCGUGUGCACGAGUGAAUCCAGGCAGCUGCUUCUCCCCUCGCCUCGCUCUGGGUGGGCGGCCUAGGCACUUCCUUAUGAUGUCCAAGAAGUGAAGUCGCCUCUGCAAAGGACUUUGCUCUCUUUAUUGCACCGAUGCCAGGAGAACAUUGACGAGAGGGAGGAGCCAGAGUUCAGGAAGAAAGACAGACAGUGUGGACCAGAGGCGCGCUUCUCCGGCGCACUCCGGAGGCCCCGGGCGCAGCGCCACGAUGCGGGGGUGGGAGACGCGCCUGAGUCUGAACAGGUUUGAAAAAGAUCCCCAAGUGACUGCAGACACAGGAACGUUUUAACACUCAGGGGUGAAGAGUCUGUGCCAGCAUGUCCGCCUACUACAGGAGCAGCAGCCCGGGGGGCGAUGCGGGGUACCCUGAUUAUUCAGGGUCUCUGAACCGUUCUCAAGGGUAUUUGAAAACUCAGGAUUAUCCAGAUUUCUCAGGUCCUCAGACCAAUCCAGGCUAUCCCAGCAAGAGGAGCAAUCCAUUCUCUGCAGGCUCCAGAACAAAUCCAGACCAUCCCAGGUCUCUAGCAGAACCAGAUUAUCCUGGAUCUCCCAGCAAACCAGAUUAUCCUGGUGCCAGGAACAAUCCCUAUUCUGCAGGUUCCAGAACAAAUCCAGACCAUCACAGAUCUCUGCCAGAGCCUGAUUAUAUUGAAUCUCAGAGCAAUCCAUACCAUCCAGGCUUAUCCAGAGAGCCAGAUUACCCUGGAUCUCAGCAACAUCCUGAUUUUGCAAGUCCCGGAAGUAGUAGAAUCUCUGCAGUCUCCAGGAUAAAUCCAGGUUAUUUGGGAUCCCUGGCAGAACCAGACUACCCAGGAGCACAGGACAACUCCAACCAUCCUGGCCCCAGAGCCAAUGCCAGCCAUCCAGGCUCCAGGAGGAAUCUAGAAUAUGCCAGUUCCAGCAUCAAUUCAUAUACAGAUACUCUGGGAGAGCCUGAUUAUCCAGGUGCUGAGAAUCAAACUAGCUCUGCACACAUUUGGGGGGAACCAGACUAUCCCAAUGCUGAGGACUAUCGGAAUGCUCCAAAGUUUUGGGGGGAACCUGAUUACCCAGGUGCCAAGAAUGGUCCUGGUUAUGGCUCUUCUGAGACCCAGGAAAUGAUCAGGAGUAACGGUCCCUUGGGCAUCCUUAGGAGAGAGAGUGAAGAUUACCCGGGAAGCAUUGAAAUGACCUCCAUGGAGGUGGCAGAUCCACGUGAACAGUCUCUGCCAGGUGCUCCUGGAGAUGGCUAUGUGAACCCUGCUUACGUGGGUGAACGUGGGCCUGUCUGUGCUUAUGGAAACCUACCAUUGUCUGAAUGUGAUUGGCACAAGUCACCCGAAGGACAAAAGUUAAUAGCAUCCCUGAUACCCAUGACAUCGAGGGACAGAAUCAAGACCAUCAGGAACCAGCCAAGGACCAUGGAGGAGAAGAGAAAGCUCAGGAAGGCGGUCGACAGAGAGAGAAGCAAGCAGUGUCCCCGCACCCUGGAGCUCCGAUGCUGUGCUCAGUGUCUCAACUCCUGCUCUCGGGGUUGCCGGAGAUCCAGGAACGGUGUCUCUGAGCUCCUCAACACCACCAGCUUGUGGCAGAAGACGCUCAAGGUCAUCGGGGGCAAGUUCGGGACCAGCGUCCUCUCCUAUUUCAACUUUCUGAAGUGGCUCUUGAAGUUCAACAUCUUCUCCUUCAUCGUGAACUUCAGCUUCCUGGUCAUCCCCCAGCUGACCGUGGCGGAGAAGAACACCCUGCCAUUCACAGGGCUGGAGUUCUUCACCGGGGCGGGCUACUUUAGGGACACGGUGAUGUAUUAUGGCUUCUACACCAACUCCUCCAUCCGGCAUGGGGGCACCGGGAUUUCCUACAACAUGCAGCUGGCCUACCUCUUCACCAUCGGGGCCUGCUUGAUCAUCUGCUUCUUCAGCUUGCUCUUCAGCAUGGCCAAGUACUUCCGGAACAACUUCAUCAACCCCCACAUUUACUCCAGAGGGAUCGCCAAGCUUAUCUUCUGCUGGGACUUCACCGUCACGCAUGAAAAAGCCGUGAAGCUCAAACAGAAGAAUCUGAGCACCGAGAUAAGGGAGAACCUGUCAGAGAUCCGUCUGGAGAACACCAAGCUCACUUUUCACCAGCAGCUCACCCGCCUCUCGGCGCACGUGGCCGCCUGGCUGGUCUCCACCGGCGUGGCCAUCGCCUGCUGCGUGGCCGUCUAUUACCUGGCCGAGUACAACUCCGAGUUCCUGAAAACGCACAGGAACCCUGGAGCUGUGCUGUUGCUGCCCUUCCUUGUGUCUUGUAUCAACCUGGCUGUGCCGCGCUUCUAUUCCAUGUUCCGGCUGGUGGAGCGCUACGAGCUGCCCCGGCACCAGGUCUACGUCCUCCUGAUCCGAAACAUCUUUCUAAAAAUAUCGAUCAUUGGAAUUCUUUGUUACUAUUGGCUCAACAUCGUGGCCCUGUCCGGUGAAGAGUGUUGGGAGACCCUGAUUGGCCAGGAGAUCUACCGGCUCCUUCUGAUGGACUUCGUGUUCUCCUUAGCCGAUUCCUUCCUGGGGGAGUUUCUGAGGAGGAUCAUUGGGAAGCGGUUCAUCACAAGUCUUGGCUUACAGGAAUUUGACAUUGCCAGGAACGUUCUAGAACUGAUCUACGCACAAACUCUGGUGUGGAUCGGAAUGUUCUUCUGCCCGCUGCUGCCCUUCAUCCAGAUGAUCACCCUUUUCAUCAUGUUUUAUGUCAAAAAUGUCAGCCUGAUGGUGAACUUCCAGCCCCCCAGCAAAGCCUGGCGGGCCUCACAGAUGAUGACCUUCUUCAUCUUCCUGCUCUUCUUCCCGUCCUUCACCGGCGUGCUGUGCACGCUGGCCAUCACCAUCUGGAGGUUGAAGCCUUCGGCCGACUGCGGCCCGUUCCGCGGCCUGCCUGCCUUUAUCCACUCCGUCUACGGCUGGAUCGACACCCUGAGCGGGCGCCCCGGCUACCGGUGGGUGGUGUGGAUCUACCACAACCUCAUCGGGAGCGUGCACUUCUUCUUCAUCCUCACCCUCAUCGUGUUAAUCAUCACCUAUCUUUACUGGCAGAUCACAGAGGGAAGGAAGAUUAUGAUCAGGCUUCUUCAUGAACAAAUCAUUAAUGAGGGCAAAGAUAAGAUGUUCCUGAUAGAGAAGUUGGUCAAGCUACAGGAUACGGAGAAGAGAGCAAACCCCAGCGCACUGAUACUGGAAAGGAGAGAGGUGGAGCAACAAGAUCCUUUUGACUUGGGGGAACAGCCUGCUGUUCCUGACCUUCGACUUAGGCAACCAUUUCAAGAUGAUAAUUCAAAGGCAUGACGAUGGUCCUAGUAAACGGACACCCAGCAACUAAAGAAAGAAGAUAAAAGUGGGACUCCUUCUGUGAUACCUGGACCUUCAGGAACUUCCUAGAAGAGGAAGCCACACCUCACCCAGGAGCUGGAACUGACCCACCCUGUAAAUGCCAAAGUAAAAUUGGGCCUGCCCUGCUAUUUUCCAAACCCAAUUGCUGAUUUUUCAAGGCAACCUACUCCAGGAUUUCCCAGUAAAACUGUUGUAAUAUUGAAAUUAUCCCACAAAAUCUUGGGAAGAGAUAAUCUGGGAAUGCUGCAUUUUGUCUCCAAGAAUUUUUUUGUCUGAAUGAUUGGUCCUUAAGAAUCUCUCUUCCUAGAACUCCCAGGACCUGACAAAGGUUUACAAACUGGUGCUAAAAAAAGUGGUCCAGAAUGAAUAAAAAUGUGAUCUUCAA